AGACUGCCACUGCCCCACCGUCCUGUAGUCCUGUAGUCCUGAAAACGCAUUUGUUGAUCUUCCUACUUUUUUCUAAUAAACAUUCAUCGGAAAUACUCAUACCAUAAUACACACAAACACACAUAGCAUUUUUGAAUCAUUCAUUCAUCCCAAGUACGACUUAUUCAGCCUUACCGCCUCUUAUCGUACCUAUUCAAAAACAUCUUUGCUAUCGGGGAAAAGCCGAGGAGUUAUUCUAGAUCCAUCAUCUUUUGAUUCAGUUUCCAGUCUCCGGGUUCUUGUGUAUGUCUUAGAACUGCGCAUACCGUACAUUCCCAAUAUUCGAAUCAGAUAUUUUGGUCCCAAAAGUCUGUACUGCUUCCUCUUGCUUUGCCUCGCAAGUUCGAUAUCUUUUUAACCUCAAAAUACACAAUUCUGCUUUCCAUUGCAAUGUCAACAACAACAACAAGUUACGAGCGGAUAUCAACCCAAUACGAACCAUCUGCGAAAGGGAUAGUCGACGUCUAUUCCCAAAAGAGCUUUGCAUCGGAAAAUAACGGUGAUCCGCGGUGUGUAAAGUCGACCGUUGAGUUACCCGUUCAUUUACCACCUUCACCUGCCGAUAGUGACAAGAUGGAUACUAGUCGGCCAUCCACAUCUCCCUCUCCGAUCAUUAUUGAAGGUCAACGAAUUACUAGAGAUAUUUCACGCGGCACUCCCGGUGAUAUCACUAAAUCGAGCAUGUCAAAGUCACCCGAGCAAAAACAGUUAGCGAAGAAGAGAAGUCAGUAUUACGGUGAUGCAUUUGCAUACCGAGAACCCACGGGCAGUGCUAGAGAUAGAGUGAGCAGGGACAGUAUGGUUCUUUGUGAACUAGUGACAAAUGUCAUUGUUGGUUUCCCUCUUCUUGUCUCAUUUCGCCUACUUCUCUCCUAAAAGUCAGUUACUAAGAUCAUGUGCAAUAGAUGCGUGAAGAACACACUCUCCUCACAAGUCUCUCUAAUAUUCUCUCAACACGCUAUCAACGUCCUGAAUCGUCCAUUUUUGUUACCCUCAAACAUUCCGCAUGCUUCAUCGUAGCUGGUACUUUCGAGCCUGCUUAUAUUAUGACUAUAACUGCACUUCCGUCACAAAUGCAACCUGUUACGAACAAGCGAAAUGCAUCGCUGUUGCAGAAUUAUAUGGCCACCACUGAAUUAUAUGUCGAACCAGAGCGCGGUAUUAUUAAAUUUGUCCCAUUGGCAGAGGAGAAUUUUGCGACCAACGGAAAGACUGUCGCUGGUGAAAUAGAAGAACUAGAACGGGAGACCGCGAAUGAUGGCUCAGGGCACCGCAGCUUGCAUACUCCAGGGACGGUAAAGAGUAAGAAAAGAAUGAGCACCAAGUCCACGAAAAGCCUCAAAUCCAAGAAUUUGCAAACGCAUGAAGAAUACACGCCUUCGGUCAGUUCAAGGGAAAGUCCGCCAUUACCACCUAUGCCAGUUGAAGUGAAUGCGUUGGAUAAAAAGGCGAUGAAUGUGCAGAAAUUAGGGAGAAGAAAGAGUUUUAUGGCAGCAGUUUUUGGAAAUAAGUCAAAGUCUUGAAGAUGUUGAAGUGGCACACAGGAGAAAGAUGAUCGACUGGAACAUCUUGAGGAUAUUAAUGAGUGGUUAUAGCAAAGUUGCAAAAGCACAAAAGCGCUUGGCAUUUUCGCUAUUUAUAUAGCGACGGAGUUUAUCGGGACAUGGGAUACCCGGAGUACAUGGAUGGAUGGGAAUGAUCGGUACGAUGGAUGGAUAGGGCUGGGUGAAUGAUGCGAUACUUUACCGGUUGGUUGGAUAUGGGGUCAGGGUAUUAUGGAUAUAUUGCUUUCUCGCUUUUUCGCUGGCUAGCAAUAAAAGUACAGGAAGGCAUCUCGUGGGAUGAGAUGAGAUGAAAUGAUUAAUGUUAAUAUUAGGAUAUAGAACUGGAGCACCUGCUUGUUUGUACCAUAGGUUUGAUGGGCGGGCAGGAUAUUCAUAGCAUUAAUACUAAAUGCUGAAAGUAUCA